AUGCCCGGCAAAGUUCUUGACAGAUAUGAUCAUGUCCCAGUGACUAAAGCAGAUCUGGACUGGGCGGAGCUGGUCACUCUGGACCUCAGCAAGUAUGAGCAGCCUGGCGGCAAGCAAGAGCUUGUUCAGCAGUUGGAUCAUGCUGUACGACAUGUCGGCUUUUUCUAUGUGAAGAACUUCAACAUCAGCCAGGAAGAAGUCGACCGCCAGUUUGCCCUUGGCCGCGAAUUUUACACCCUGCCCUUGGAAGAGAAACUAAAGUUUCAUAACGCGGAUGAUCUUGCCAAUGGGGAAUACAAUGGAUACAGACCCGCCGGCCACCGCAUACUCGGAAAUGGUAUCAAAGACAAUGUACAGGUUUAUAAUAUUCCCAAAUUUGAUGGAUACCAUCAACGACAACAACCGCCCGUCCUUUCCGAUCAUAUUGCUGAGAUCGAGGACUUCAGUCGGAAAUGCCAUACCGAAGUGGUAGAGAAGCUGCUCCGACUAUUUGCAAUCCUCCUCGAGCUGCCCGAUGAGGAUCAACUCGUCCGCGACCACCAGUACGACGUGCAGGGCGAGGAUCAUCUCCGCUAUAUGCACUAUGCCGCUCGCAGUGCUGAAGAAAAUGAGAAAGUUGGUAGCCUGUAUAGCCCCGGUCAUACCGAUCUUGGGUCUGUUACUUUACUAUUCCGCCAGCCGGUGGCUGCCCUUCAGAUCUUGAAUUCUGAUGGCGAGUGGAAAUGGGUUCGGCCCCAGGAUGGCACCAUCACGAUCAAUACCUGUGAUGCUCUGACGGCUCUGACCGGAGGCUUGAUUAAAUCCAGCAUCCACCGUGUUCACGCUCCGCCGGCGGAUCAGGCACACGUGGAUCGCCUGGGUGUUUUAUAUUUCGCCCGACCCAACAAUCAUGUGGUUCUAGACCCUAUCACCAACAGCCCACUGCUAAAGAGACUGGGGUUGACUGAGAAUGAAUUCACGAAAUUAGGGCAACAUCUGACAAUGGAGCAGUGGGUCAAGGUACGACAGACACAGCAACAGCGUCGGAACAAGAAUGUCAAAGUCUCUUCCGAUGGCAAGUAUACCUAUGGAGCAAAGGAUCUUCAGAUUCUCCCUGGCCUCGAUGCCAAGAUCUAUAACUAG